UGUUAAAUUUUGUAAUAUUUAUCCUUCUCUGUAAACUAUUUAAUCUCUCCUAAAAAGUUAAUAUUAAAUCAGUCAAUUUUUAUAAGGUUGUGUUUUAUAGUAUAUACAUAGUGUAAUUCGUUUCUAGUUGAUUUGUUGCAAUUUUUUUUCUGGAAAAAAGUUUAUCAAAAUGCCAGUUUUUCACACAAAAACAAUAGAAUCUAUUUUGGAUCCAGUUGCACAACAGGUUUCCAAAUUGGUCAUCCUCCAUGAAGAAGCUGAAGAUGGAAUACCUAUGCCUGAUCUCCAACAACCUGUUAGAUCGGUCAGCAACGCUGUUUUAAAUUUGGUUAAGGUUGGUCGUGAAACAAUUAACAGCUCUGAUGAUCCCAUUCUACGCCAAGAUAUGCCUUCUGCUCUUGUCAGAGUCGAACGGUCCUCAAAAUUAUUGGAGGAAGCUAGUGAUAUGCUUAAACAUGAUCCAUUUUCAUCUCCUGCUAGGAAACGGUUGAUAGAAGGUAGCGGUGGUAUUUUACAGGCCACUUCAGCUCUUUUGUUAUGUUUUGAUGAGUCAGAAGUCAGAAAAAUUAUUAAGGAAUGCCACAGGGUCCUGGAUUAUUUGGCUGUAGCUGAAGUUAUUGAAACUUUAGACGAACUCGUCCAAUUUCUAAAAGAUUUGAGUCCUUGCCUGAGUAGAGUGACUAGAGAAGUUAGUGCUAGAGAAAAAGAGUUAACACAUCAGGUGCAUUCAGAAAUUUUAGUAAGAUGUUUGGAGCAAAUAAAAACUUUGGCCCCAAUUUUAAUCUGUUCCAUGAAAAUUUAUAUCCACAUUGUAUCUCAAGCUGGAAAAGGAGCAGAGGAAGCAGCUGAGAAUAGGAACUAUCUGUCCCAAAGAAUGACUGAUGAGAUUAAUGAAAUUAUUAGAGUUUUGCAACUGACCAGCUAUGAUGAAGAACAGUCUGAUUUGGACAAUUUAACUGUCCUAAAAAAAUUGCAAAACGCUAUUACAAACAAAAUUAAUGCAGCUAAUGAUUGGUUGUUUGAUCCCAAUGCAGUAAGAGGUGGUGUUGGCGAAAAAUCCCUUAGACAAAUUAUUGAUUCUGCCCAGAAAGUAGCAGACAGGUGCCUUCCUCAAGAUGCUCAUACAAUCAAUAAAAUAUGUUCUGAUUUAACAACAAUGACAGACGCCCUGUGCGAAUUGAGACAAGAUGGCAAAGGAACAACACCUCAAGCUGAAUCUUUAGCCAAGGGAAUUCGAGAAAAACUAGGUAAUUUACAACAGGCGGUUAUGAAUGGAAUUGUUGCAGUGGAUAAAACGGGAAUGCAACAGACAGCUCAUACUGUCCAGGGAAGGUUAGAACAAGCUAGAAAGUGGUUGUCUAAUCCAGGUCACGAUGAUAAAGGUCUUGGACAAAGAGCUAUCAAUGCAAUUGUUGAUGAAGGUCGACAGGUUGCCGACGGCCUACCAGGUGUUCAGAAAUCAGAAAUUUUACAGCUGUGUGAUGAAGUUGAUAGACUGUCUCAUCAAUUAGCCGACCUUUGCGCCCAAGGUUUGGGCAAUUCUCCUCAAGCCCAAGAAGUGGCCAGGAAACUUUCCCAAAAAUUACACGAGCUUAAGGAAAAAAUUAAUCAGGCCGUUGUGAAUAGAGUAGUCGAAGAUUUCAUUGACAUCGUUACUCCCUUGAAACAGUUCACCGAGGCAGCUCUAGCUCCUGAGGGAACCCCCGGUAGAGAUCAGAACUUUUCUGACAAAGCUGCCAAUUUGCAACAGUUUUCAAAUAGGGCGGUGAAAACAGCUAAAAUGGUGGCAGCAGGUAGUAGCUCAGGUAACAAAAAGCUAGCAGAGGCUCUUCAAAGUGCAGCUAAUCAAGUCGAAAGUUUAACACCACAGUUAAUUUCUGCGGGAAGUAUUCGCAUGAAUUAUCCUACAUCAAAAGCCGCAGACGAGCAUUUUGAGAAUUUGAGACAACAAUACGCAGAUACUUUGACGAAAGUUCGUAAUCUGUGCGAUGAAGCCACGGACUCUGCAGAUUUUGUGAAAGCAUCAGAGGAACAAAUGAAAAAACACACUUUUCUAUGCGAAGAGGCUAUUAAAAACAGACAACCUCAGAAAAUGGUUGAUAAUACUUCAGCUAUUGCCAGAUUAGCAAAUAGAGUCCUGUUAGUCGCAAAACAAGAAGCCGACAAUUCAGAAGACCCAAACUUCAUCAACAAUCUGAACAGAGCUUCGGACUCAUUACAAAACGCCGUUCCUCCCAUGGUUCAAGAUGCUAAGUUAGUUGCUGUUAACCCAAGUGAUUCCCAUGCUUCGUCAAGAUGGAGAGAUUCAAAUAAAGCACUAUUAAAUGCCGUUGGUGAAGUUCGCCAAGCAGUCCAAAUCAAUCCAGAUCUUCCACCUUUGCCUGAUUUUAAUUCAUUAAACUUAGAAACUGCUCCAAACCGUUACUUUAUUGACAAAGUUGGCGAGCCAUUGCGAAAUAUACCAACACCUACUGGGGACCUUGGGACACUUAGUCCUACUCAUCAUCAACAGGGGCGUGUUAGUCCUUUGCCGAAAUGGGCACGAGGCGAUAAUUCUGAUUUGCUCCAUCAGGAAUUAGCCCCAAAUUAUCACAAAACAGAACAAGCACCACCACGUCCUCCUCUUCCAUAUGAUGGAGCUCCAGUCAGGCCACCACCACCACCAGAAACAGAUGAUGAAGACGAAGUGUUUAAAACGGCACCGCUACCAAGCCAGCCUAUUAUGGUUGCAGCCCACAAUUUACACAGAGAAGUUAGACAAUGGUCCGCAAAAGACAACGAUCUCAUAGCUGCAGCACAACGAAUGGCUAAACUUAUGGCUCGAUUAUCUGAACUUGUCCAUAACGAUGAUAAAGGUUCCAAGAGGGAGCUGAUAGCCACGGCCAAAGCUAUCGCCGAUGCCAGCGCCGAUGUAACACGCAUCGCUAAACAACUUGCCAGAGAAUGCACCGACAAGAGGAUCAGAACUAACUUACUGCAAGUUUGCGAGCGAAUACCUACGAUCGCUACGCAGUUGAAGAUUCUCAGCACAGUCAAAGCUACUAUGUUGGGAUCUCAAGGCUCUGAUGAAGACCGAGAAGCUACUGAGAUGCUAGAAGGAAACGCCCAGAAUCUCAUGCAAAGUGUUAAAGAAACCGUCCGAGCAGCAGAGAGCGCUAGCGUUAAAAUACACGCCCAAACUCAUGAGAAAUUGAGGUGGGUGAGGAAACAACCAUGGUACGCAUAUGCUUAAAAACUAAGCAUUUUGCAGAAGACCAUUUUUUAUUUUAUUUAAUGUAUCUACAAUUUGUUAAAAAUGUGGGAUAUUUGAAUUUAUGUGAGUCCAGAAUCCCACAUCUUGUCGACAUUUAAACGAGACUGAUCUUUCCACACAGAACAUGACACAAUUUUAUUUUGAUUUCUUGUAAACCUUGUUAAUAAAAGUAUUCUUCUACAAACGGCAAUUCUUUAUAAAUUUAUGAUAAUUUAUAAAAUGAUGAUAUACAAAAAGGGGUUGUAAGUUUGAUAUUGAAUAAUCAAAUAAAAUUCAACUUCUUAUAUUUUAAGUCAAAGUGUCGUAUAAUGUGUGGAUUAUUAUAAACUGGAAACAAAUUUCCCAUGUUUUGUAUAUUUUUACAAUAAGCUUUUUCAUCAAAAUUUUUUCAGCCAUUUUUUUCGUACUGUUUGCUGUAAACACGCAUGUUAGGUUAGGUUAGUAAUAUAAAUAACAAUAAAGUACCUGUGAACAUAUAAUUAUUAAAAAAAUAUAGGUAUUAAAAAAAUACUAAAAUAAAGUGCCUCAACUAUUAAA